AUGGAGGAGGGGAUUGUUGAUUCUGGCCUUGCGACACCACUGCCACCUUGGAACUUCCUGUGCCCAGCCACGGUCAACCCCGCUGUGUUCUUCAACAUUGCUGCCGACAGUGAGCCUUUGGACCAUGUCUCCUUUGAGCUGUUUGCAGACAAAUUUCCAAAGACAGCAGAAAACUUUCAUGGUCUGAGCACUGGGGAAAAAAGAUUUGGUUAUAAAGGCUCCUGCUUCCACAGAACUAUUCUGGGAUUUAUGCGCCAGGGUGGUGACUUCACAUGCCACAAUGGCACAGGUGGAAAGUCCAUCUCCGGGGAGAAAUUUGAUAGUGAGAACUUUGUCCUGAAGCACACAGGUCCUGGCCUCUUGUCCAUGGCAAAUGCUCGACCCAACACAAAUGGUUCCCAGCUGUUCCUCUGCACUGCCAAGACUGAAUGGCUGGAUGGCAAAUAUGUGGUCUCUGGCCAGGUGAAAGGCAGCAUGGAUACUGUGACAGCCAUAGAGCGCCAUGGGUCCAGGAAUGGCAAGAAGCAGAAAAUCACCAUUACUGACUGCGGACAACUCUAAUAAAUUUGACUUCUGUUUUAUCUCCAUCACCCGAGCAUUCCUUCUGUAGCUCAGGAGGAGUGUUCCCCUGAGCUACAUCUGCUUGGAAUGUUCUAUAGUCUUUGUGUUCUUGAUGCAGUUCAUUGGGUUCCAUGUUUUCCCUACCCCUUCCAAGUCUAGCUGGUUUGCAGAGUUAUGUUUAUGAUUACGAAAUAAAAACUAAACAA